AUGGCGGCGGCGGGGGGCGCGGCGAGCCGCAGGGGCCCCGGGCGGCCCUGCCCCUUCUCCAUCGAGCACAUCCUCUCCAGCCUGCCCGAGCGGAGCCCCCCGGCGCGGGCCGCCCGCGCGCCGCAGCCCGCCGGCCGCCAGAGCCCCGCGGAGCCCGGGGAGCCCGGGGCGCCCGAGGCCGCGCCCUGCGCCUGCUGCUGCUGCUGCGGGCCCCGCGCGGCGCCCCGGGGACCCCCGGAGCCGGCCGCCGGGCUGGGCGCGCGGCUGCCGUGGCCGCUGAGGCUGGGCCCCGCGGCGCCCUUGCCCUUGGCCGCGGCCGGCGGAGGUUCGGGGGCGCUGCCGGGCGCGGGCGGCCCCGGCCCCGGCCCGCAGCGGCGCACGCGGCGCCACCGCACCAUCUUCAGCGAGGAGCAGCUGCAGGCGCUGGAGGCGCUCUUCGUGCAGAACCAGUACCCCGACGUGGGCACGCGCGAGCGCCUGGCCGGCCGCAUCCGCCUGCGCGAGGAGCGCGUGGAGGUCUGGUUCAAGAACCGCCGGGCCAAGUGGCGACACCAGAAGCGCACGUCAGCGACCUCGAGGCUCCUCCCCGGAGCCAAGAAGGCCCCAAAGGAGAGCUGCUGAUGGCUCUGGUAGCUACUCCUGGACUUGGCCGCGUCUUUGGGGGCCGGCUCAGAGAGAGGACAGAUUUACCCGAAAUCGAGCCGAGAGGGGACACCAGCCUCUUCCCGUCUGUCUGCAGGGCUUCCUGCAUCCUGGAGCUAGUGGUCAAGGCGGGAGCCGGCCGCUGGAGUGUGUGUUACCUCCCCAACCCCAUCUCCCCCGCCCCGUCACCUGCCCCGUGAAAGGAGGAAACACUGAGCAUCUCCAUGUGCUCGCUUCUCCAGUGACUAAGGGUCGGGAAGAUUCCCUGGGGGCUGGUGGGGCUGGGAGCAGGGCACAGAGCAGGUCAGCUUCCUCAAUUCCCCACCAACUCCAGGACAGCAACCACCCCUUGUCAGGGGGGCCCAGAAUCUUCUCCCUCCCCGGUAUGCUGGCGCCCCUCCUCUCCUCAGCAGGCACAUAGUUCCCUUCCCCGGGCCCCAGGAGAUUUCUCUGCAUCCUGGGCUUGUCAGCUUGCGUGCCCUGCACUGGGCCUUGGCAUCCAGAGCUAUAGGAUAAGAACGUUGGGUGAGGUCAUCUCCAGAAGCCACUGCCCCGCUCCUUAAUUCUGUGAGCCUUGUCUGGAUCCUGGGAAAUAAA